AUGAGUUCAAGCAAGCCUACCGAUCCUAAUGAUCCAUUGUAUACUCCAGACACAUCCAAGGUAGAUUUAUCGAGCCUAUCCCCACAAGAGCUGAAACUAUACAAGUUGUAUGGCAAAUUGCCAAAAACCAAUGACAUAUUACGUGGGAAACUCAAGGAGAGGAAGUUUUUCGAUUCUGGAGAUUACGCAAUGUCCAAAGCCGCUUCCCAUGGCGAAAGGGCCAAUAUUCCCGACCAAGUUGGUGUACUGAACCCGCUCCACAAUCCUGAAAUCGAGAAUGUGGCAAGAAUCAAUAGGAAUUCAGUUGUUGGUAGUGUUAGUAUCGGUACUAAUGUUUCAAAGAAAUCAAAACUUGAAGAAGAUUCAACUGGUUGA